AUGGAGUGGUCACAACAAUACCAGCAGCUCAGGCUAGAUGCCAGAGACAUGACCCAGAAGCCUGACAGCUUAUCAUUCUUUGCACGCCGCACCUAUGUUCCCCGCCCUCUCUCAGAAGCCACCGAGAUUUUCGAUACUGAUGCCGAGGAUGAGUCGUUAGACUCUCCCGAGGACGAUGACAGUCAAUCUACCUUGUCUAGUCGCGAUGAGCUCCCUACACCACCUCAUACAGGUGGUCUGGGUGGCUUCGAAUUCCAUUUCGACGACAAGUGUGUGGUUGGACCUCAAGGACCACAUCUGUUCAGAAGUACCCCAGAUAUUCUGACCCAACCAGAAGACGAUGUCUUUCUUGGCAUGUCUCCAGUCGCCAUUACACCAGCUACCGAACUUACCAAAGCCACUCCAAGACAGAUAGAUUCACUCACUAGUGCUGUUGCCGAGCUUGACGAAUCUCAAGUUCGUGACUGGACUCCAAAACAGGUCGCAGAAUGGAUGGCCGAGGCUGGCUUCGAGGCAACUGUGGUCGAGAAGUUUCUCAUCCACGACAUCUCGGGCACCGUCCUGAUCGAUCUUCAAUUCGAAGAUCUCAAGGAACUCGACAUUAGCUCAUUCGGCAAACGUCACAGAGUCAUGAGCUCCAUUCAACAACUACGCAACUCAAGCAUGAUCUCCGCCGAGACCUCACCAAUUUCGAGGACACCAUCGCGGAGUCCAAGAUCAAUGCAAAGGCCCGCCCGUGCUUCAGAGUAUCAAGUGGUUCUUCCCGCUCGGUCUCGAUCACGUCGGUCUCCUCGACCGGAUGAACCUAUCACCCCUUCGGAAUCUGUCUCCAUCGUCGGCAUCGAACAGGUCCUACCCAAGGAACACAAAUGUUCCAAGGGUGAAGACUGUGCCAAGUGGCAAAAACAACAACGAAAGAUUCUUCGUAUGCAACGAGCGUUCGAAGAAGAAGCAAACCGACCAAUCUCUGCUAUUCCAUCCGAAGCUGGCGUUAUUCCAUCUGUUGUCGGUUCAUCAGAUGUUUUCGGCCCCACUUCCGUCAAGAUCACUCCAGAGACCCUCAGUGUUGUUCAGCCUCGCGAUCCACAAGAAAGUGUGCGACAAUUUCUCAACUUCCAACAUAUUCACAAUGUGUCCCACUCUCCGUCACCACCUCCUGCUGCUUCUGCCUCCUAUGCACUCAAAUCUCCCCAGCUCACUGAACACCUUAAGGGCUUACCAAAGCUCACCAUACCUGUGGAAGUCGGUGCCGAGGAGGUCGGACCCUCGAGGACGCCCAUCUCGGCCCUCCAGCAACCAACACAGAUUCAGGCUCAGCUUCGGGCUCAACUCAAAGCUGAUCCAUAUCACUACGGUGGCGUGGCUUCACCUGCAGACAUCUAUCGCCUUGACACACCCAUGUCGGCGAUGGACAUUCCCCUCACUGCGGUCGCCCUAGAUCCCUGCCAGCGCGAUGUUUCCCAGUCUGUUCCACCCGAGAUGCGAUACGGUGCUCCAACAUCUUUCACCCCCGAUCCAAUUCAACGGUCGGCCUCAACUCAACCUUCUCGCCGCCACCGACAGCCAUCGUUCACUCCAUCUGUGGCUCCAGUCAAGGAAAAUACUCAUGUCAACCGUUCCGCAAGACGUGUGACUGAGAUUGAACUUGCAAACCACCAAGGAUGGGUCCGCAAGCGCAAGACUACACGCAUGCUACGUCACGAAUGGCAGGACAACUACUGCACAUUGGUCGGAAGCAAGCUUACUAUGCACGAUACUCACUAUGCCAACGCCAAUGCAUUGGAAGACAUUGACGUUGAUGAGUAUACUCUUCAUGCCUAUGCCCAAGCAUCCAGCUCCAAGUUGUCUGCUGCUUUCAAGAAGAGCCUUCUUGGUCAAGGCAAGGUUCCCUCCAGCGAGCACACAUUUGCCUUCACACUUAUCCCCGAGGAGAAGGGUUCCCAGAACAAGAAACUCUUUGACCCCAAGGCCAAGUCUCACCAUUUUGCCGUCGACAGCUCCAAGGAGCGCGUCGAGUGGAUGCGGAAGCUGAUGCUUGCCAAAGCAAUGAAGAAGAAUGAGGGCUGCCAGAUCUAG